UUCUAUAUAUUACAGCCACAGUUGUCUCACCCAUGGCAAUGGCUAUAAUGGUAGUGUCACAGACGUUCUAUUUCCUUCGUUUCUAUCAAGCUAGCGGCAGCCAUGAGCAUGCUCAGGCUUCAGAAGCGCUUGGCCUCCAGUGUCUUGCGCUGUGGUAAAAAGAAGGUGUGGCUGGACCCCAACGAGACCAAUGAGAUUGCCAACGCAAACUCUCGCCAGCAGAUACGAAAACUGGUAAAGGAUGGACUGAUCAUCAGAAAACCUGUGACUGUUCAUUCCCGUGCACGCUGCCGCAAGAACACGCUGGCACGCCGCAAGGGACGUCACACGGGUUAUGGUAAGAGAAAGGGCACGGCCAAUGCUCGUAUGCCGGAGAAGUUGUCAUGGAUGCGGCGCAUGAGAAUUCUGCGACGUCUUCUUCGUCGCUACAGGGAGUCCAAAAAAAUUGACAGGCACAUGUACCACAGUCUCUACCUAAGAGCCAAGGGUAAUGUCUUCAAAAACAAACGCAUCCUGAUGGAGCACAUCCACAAAUUAAAGGCUGACAAGGCUCGCAAGAAGCUCCUGGCUGACCAGGCCGAGGCCCGGCGCACAAAGACAAGAGAAGCCCGCAAACGCAGAGAAGAGCGUCUCCAGGCUAAGAAAGAAGAGAUCAUCAAGAACUUAUCAAAGGAGGAGGAAACUACAAAAAAGUGAAUCUAAAAUGUAUUAAAAUCUUGUGAGGAUCAGCUUUUUGUUGUGAAUAAAUUUGGAUAAGAUAAAUAUUAUCAGUAAUGUUCUUGCCUUGAUAUUAAAAAUGAUUUGACAUGAAAAGAAUACUUUGGAAAACAUUUCAUUUUGAUUAUGAUUUAUAUAUACCUGAAUAAACAGAGGUGAGAGAA